UCAGGGUGAGGGUGUGAAUUAAACUUUGGCCCAGUAUCCAAUUAACCCUUAUGCGAACAGAUUAGUUUGAAAAGUUGCUCGAUGGGAUUAACGGCGCCGCGGAUUAUCGUUCUUCUUGUACUUUCCAUACGCGAUCGACCACUACAAACGCGAUACUACUCCACGUUCGCCGAACUUUUUCCAAGAAGAUGUGCAAAUAUUUUCCACGGAAUUUAAUAGCGAAGACAAGGUAUACGGCGAGGGGCUUGAAUUUCAAACAGCGAGAAGAUCUCCGUUGCUUAUACCGUAAAUCGAUAAGCACGGAUGAACACAGCAGCUUUCAAUACGGAGCAUCGUAGCGAGAUGUUACGUGGAAUCAAAGACCAUCGAUCGACUUGACGUACCUUCAUCGAUAACCUGCUUUUACGAUGCAGCCUAUAACGACGAUGACAAAGAACGAAGGAAACAGAUCGCCAACGAACAACGCGACUUACUCCGCAAGAGUCUGCCUAUCCAGUGGAAUGAAUUGCAUGGUCGGAGACACUAUGUUUCAUCGUAUAUCCAAUAUAGGACGGAACGUCAAUCAGGGCAAUACCUGUCCUGUGAACAACUACAGCAUCGUCGCAUCUAGAGGAGAGCUCGCUCGAAAUAACUAUGCGGUGAGAGAGACAUCGUCGGCGCAGUGCAUCGUUGUCAAAAGGAACAAGACGGCCGUGAAUGCGGGUAGCGAAACUCGCCCCAAACUUCGGGACGACUUGCUCAAAGAACAGUCCUCGGGCAAACAGUUGUCCAAGGAUUUCGCAGGGCCCACGGACUUUGGCAAGUCUCAGCGACCUAUUCGCAAAUCCUUUUCCGUCCCGGACUAUCUUAGAGAAGGUUUUCCAGCGACGCGGCAAGUUGAUCGCAGAGGAACCGAGGAGAGCAUUUUCAAAAGAUCUUCCACUUUCCUGUCGAAUCUCGCCCAUUCUGCGAAUAAAUUUAGAGAGAGAAAGCUAAGCGGAAACUAUCCCGAAGAGCGCACACUUUGUCCAAAUAAUCAUUGCACCGAGAAAAGCUGUUCGGCCAAGCAUCCAACUCUAAGGGGAUACUUUUCGAUUUUAAGUAGAGUCGCCAACGAUCUCGAUCCUUUCGAACAUUCGUCAGGAGUUCAAACGUUGCCGGUGGAACGGAGGAAGAAAGGCGGCGCGCGCGUCAAGAAAUCGGUGUCCUUCAGUUCGGAUACGAGUUUCGAAGAGAAACGCGAACCUUACAAACGAGCCGCCAUACACGAGGCUAAGGUCUAUCACAAGGGUGUUCUGCAAGAUCGUAGCGUGGCCGAGGUGAAUAUCGUCAGAAAAGUGCCGUCCUCGUGGGAAGUAACGUCCGAGGGCGCAUCGGCCCUUCUCAGGGCAGCCAGAGAUGCCGACGACGCAGCCCUCGAUGAAAUCGCUGCCCAUGUGCGAAAAUUUGGAUUCGGAGACAUGGACGUCAAUAUGACUGAUAGCAGCGGCAGGACUGCCAUCAGCUACAUGGCGGGAAACGGUGCCGCGACCAUGUUGGAGCUAGCUCUGUCGUACGAAAGGGUGGACCCGAAUACUCCGGACAACGAGGGUAACACGCCUCUACAUUUUGCCGCGCAGGCCGGGCAAACGGAAUGUUUGAACAUACUGCUGCAGAGGUGUCCGGACAUCGAAGUGGACGCGAGAAACGCAUCGGGCUUUACUCCGUUGAUGAAGGCAGCACUUCAAGGAAGAACCAAAUGCGCCAAAAUUCUCCUGUUCGCCGGUGCGAAUCCGACAUUGAGAGACCAAGGGAGAGGAUUGAGAGCGGAACAGUGGGCCAGAUUUUGUGGAAGGUACGUGUGCGCUGAAGUAAUCGAGAGGUUCGCGAGACAUCGGCUCCUGGAGAGGUCAACUUCUUGUCGGUGGGGUAGUGAACCCGAACUGGCAGCGAAAGUACUCCAAGGGAAGGUGAUGCCCAUUCCAACCGCACCCCUGUCGCCACCAUCUUCGGGAUUCAAGUCGAAGAUAAGAAAAGUUUUCCGCACGACAUCCGGCCCAGACCGAAGUUUUUCAUUGGUCUCUCAAUUAACUAGCGCCGCUCUUUGUGCAAGUAGUCCAGCUCUACCAAAAUCCAGCCAAGUUCCACCCGUGGUUAAAAGUCUUCUUCGACCUUUAAGCGUUCCACAGUUAAGGGUGACUCUAGUUUCGCCGCAAGAUAUUCUUGAACAAUCAAAGGACAAGUAUGGGCCCAAUUUUACAGAAAAGAUCGAGAAUAUAGUUGGAAAGCCUUCGCGAUCGAAGAAUAAAAACAAAUAGAUGUGUAAAUCUCGUUUGCCAAUCAUUUUGCGGAUAAACGUGCGGAUAAAGAUCGCAGGCGUCUUCCCUCCGCGAAAGAAAUACAUUUUAUUGUAUUUUA